UCCAAGCAUGCUACUGUAUUUGCUCAUUUUGCUGUCGUUGGUCUUCUGCAGAGCCUAGAUAUGAGUAAUAUGACACGACAUGACUUUCGCAGGUACUGUGGAGAGAUUCAGCCCAAGUGGAGCAUGGUAAGCACUACGGAAUACCUAGGUAGGUACGCAUGCGAUCAUCAGCUUCCGAUAUCGUUGAGUGUUCUUAUCGUGAUGAGGUGAUCCGCGGUUACAAUGCCUAGCGUAUCUUUCGCAAGCGCCCGAUCCUUCCGAGAGUUCCGUCCUUCGCCCUGUGGGUCCGCGUCUAGGUCGACGAAAAGCGGAGCGACAUAAUGGCCUUCCGAUUGCGAUGUUUCUACGUUUCACUAUUGUUGGACCUCGUUGAUUGUCAUACUAUCAUAUAGCUGUUACUUUGUGACACUCACCUACACCAUGCCGUUCCACAUCCUCGCCAUUAUUACCCCUAAGGCGGACCGAAUUGCGCGGGUUGAGGAAAUCGCCAAAGAAGUGGCGACUGAGGUCGAGAAGAAUGAGCCGGGCACGCUGAAGUACCAGUGGUUCCGGACGGGAACCGCUGAGGCGCCCACGAUCGUUGUGUGGGAGGUAUAUGCCGACGAGGCUGCAUUUGAGACGCACAAGACCAGUCCUGCACUGGCCCGGCUCAUUGAGAUUGAGAAGCAGGAAGGCAACCUUGCUGCUCCUCUCGAGGUCCAGCCGCUGGAGCAGUUUGCGGGAUUUGCGAGCCGUUAAGAAACGGUAGAAACUAGAAUGGGUUUCUGAACCCUAUAUUGUACAAUAUGCUUCAAUAAAGGAAGGAAUCAUGCACACUACCGUACACAACCCUGACACACUUAGCGCACUCCCUCCUGCUCGGCCCUUGUCACCUCUACCCUUUCUAGAUUUCUGGCACUUCCACGACGAGGAACGGUCUCGGUCUCGGUAUAGAACUGGCCGCCCCCUGUGUACCGCCACCUCGUGAAGUACGCACUCGGUGUCCCCGCGGGGCAGUCAAUUCCCUGGCCAGCUCCGUUACAGGUUGCAUAGACCCCGAUCAAGGUCCCGACGAACGACCCUGACCCGCCGCUCAACAGCUCUGCCGAUGCCGUGCCCAACUCAACCUUCGUCUUGGGAUGAGAUGCUAGCGCAGCUGAGAAGACAUACUCGGUCGGCUUGGCCAUCUGGAUCUCCAUCCUAAUCGCCCUGCCC